AUCACAUUGUUGUCAUUUCGUUUACAUGUUUCAUUCCAAUUUGUUUCAUUGCUGCAAGUGGUUCUUUGAUUAUAUACAUAUAUUGUUUACUUUUGGGGAAUUAUUAAAAACCUAAAUUGGAUUCAAUUAUUACUAUUAGUGGGCAAACAUUUUAAAGCGCAAUGGUUGUUUUGGAGUCCUGCUGGUCACCAAUCAUUUGGUCGAAUUCUGUGAAAACCGGAAGUUAUGCCGUGGCAGUGUAUACAGCGGCGGUAUCAGUGAUUUUUAUCACAUUGAUCACUUAUAUGUUAUCGGGCGGAGAAUCAGCUCAACUGUAUUCACCACUUUUUGAAACGGAUAUUAGGUACUCGAUGCCAGUCUAUGGAGCAAUAUUCAUAUCCUACUUUAUUCUCCUCAUAAUCGCAUCAUAUUUUGUAUAUUAUGGAAUAAGAAUAAGUACGCGAGGUUGGCUACUACCCUGGCUAAUAUUAGUCGGCUUAGGAAUAUUGUUUCAGUUUUGUUGGGGUCUUUGGCUUAUUGGCGGCUACUACAUUUAUCUCGAGCAAACGUUUUCCGCUCUUCUAAAUUUUUGCUGGAUGGCUUACAAUAUUUAUUGCUGGUUGUGCGUGUUCUCACAGUACCAAUUAUUUUUGGAGAUGCAAAAUCCCAAUAUCGUUCUCUUGGAGCCAUUUUAAGGUGGUUGAUACUCCACUUGCAGAUUAAAUAAAAAAACAA